CUUGCCAAAGGCUGGAAAUGUCCUUCCAAUAAAUAUUCAACCAGAAAAACCCACAAACCGCACAGACUUAGUUGCUUGCGUCAAACCGAUAUAUGAUGAAUUUGUCCAGGCUUGGAAACUUAUUGAAUGGUUUGAGUUGAACAAAAUACUGGGAUUCUCGCAUUUCUACAUGUAUUACCGCAACUCAACAAAACAAGUCAAAUGCGUCUUGGACGAUUAUGUGAAAAAUGGAACAGUUACUUUGUUCCAAUGGCAAAAAAGUCUCCCAUUCACUAAUAAUGUCGACUUGAGGGAAGAAAACAUGUUCGCUGCUCUGAAUGACUGCGUCCUUCGUUCAAUCAACGUGCACAAGUACGUGGCGCCAUUCGAUGUUGACGAAUUCAUCGUGACAAAAUACACCACCAUAUUGCAAUUUCUUGAAGCUUUUGAUAAACGGGGAGGAAACGAAAUUUCAUUUGUUUUCCGCAAUGCUUUCUUCUACUUGCCCUGGCCAGACGAUCCUAAUUACUCAGGAUUGGAUUUAACGACACAAAAGAAGACGAAAAGGAUAACUGAAUUUACUCCAAUGAAACGAAGGGCAAAGUACAUUUGCAAACCUGAAGGGGUCGCGGAAAUUGGAAAUCACUAUUUGUGGGAAAUGACGAAAAAGAAUUACUCGGAAAUUGUGAUAAAAACAGAACUUGGCCACCUCUUUCAUUAUAGAAAUUGCGAGCAUGAUAAUUGUUUCGAGGACAAAUUUAUAGAAGAUAGGACAAUGUGGAAAUAUCAGGAAGAACUGGAAAAAAGAACGAAGACAGUUGAACAGAAUUUUGUUGAAAAGUGCCAACUCGAUCCGUUACGGAACAUUUGA